AUGAACGUUACAUCUUUCUAUGCCUCUUCAAGGAAGAAGAGGGUAGAGCUGGCACUACGAGUUGAUGUAAGUGAGGAUGAGUUAGAGAUUAGUAGUGAUGAAGACGAGCUGCAGGCACAUUUACAAGGGGAAUAUGAGAGGGAUGAGAACUAUGAGCCUGAGAACGAGGAUGGGGAUGAGAAUGAGGAUCAGGAGGAGGAUGAGGAUAUGGAUCAGGAUGAGAACUAUGAGCCUGAGAACGAGAAUGCGGAUGAGAAUGAGGAUCAGGUGGAGGAUCAGGAUGAGGAUCAGGAGGAGGCUGAGGAUAUGAAUCAGGAUGAGGACAGCGAGGGUGAAAGUGCAGUAACAGCGUUGUUCCGGGCGGCGGCCGAGGCGUCUCCUCGUCACGUCUUGCAGAUGUUGGCCUCUGACGGACACCGGAUGAACAUUUCGCCCAAAAUGCAGGCCAACGACCCGGAGAGCGUGUACCGCCUGGAGCUGGUGGCUGCGGAUCAUGAUAAUGAUUAUGAUAAUGAUUGUUUUUCUGCAGGUGUGGGGAUGCCACAGGAGCUGGACUCCAUGGAGGACAGGCUGCAGCAUCUGGAGAGCAGAGUGAUGGAGGAGGUGGGGGGGGAGCUCCUCUGUGAUCUGAAGAAGCAGGUGGAGUCCUUCAAGAAGAAGCUGGAGAGUGUGGAGCACCUGAGCUGGAUGGGCCUCUUUAAGGAGCACGGACACCAGGAGCUCUCCCAGAAACCCAAAGGCCUGGAGCUGAGCGAGCACGAGGAGCGGCUGCAGGUGCGCAGGAAGUACCUGAACAUGAGCUCGCUGCAGGUGACAGAAGAAGUGCGUGAGCAUCUGAAAACUCCCAUCUUUGACAACUGGUGAGUAAAAUG